AGGUGGCGAUAUCUGUGUUUUCGCUUCUCGUAGCCAGACACCACAGAUGUAGACGGAGCUGUAACUGAUUGGCUGUUAGGUGUCUGUUUUGGUUUUUGGUGACUAGUCAGUGCACAGUCUGUUUGUUUGCUAAUAAAACGUCUUUUGAAAUAUAAUACAACACAGCAUUAACGAUACGAUAACCAUAAAAUAACCUCUUUGAUAAAAGCCAUUAGAAAAGUAUACAAUCGGUAGAUAACUUGAAUGUUGAUGCCCAAAACACGAUGGUGUUCAUAUGUUGUGCAUAUAACUGUAAAAACACUGCUGCGAGGAACAAGAGCGUCUCAUUCCACAAAUUCCCACUGAAAGACCCCAACUUACUGAAAAAGUGGCUUAAAAAUUUAAGAUGGAAAGACUGGAAACCUGCUCCAAAUAGUAAAAUUUGCUCUAUCCACUUUGAAGAGAAGUGUCUUAUUGUAGAGGGGAAGAGAACAAGACUUCAUUCAUGGGCUGUGCCGACCAUCUUUUCAUUCCCAAACCGUUAUCUAGAAAGAAAGGUUAAAAUCAACCCCAGAAGCAGAAGAGCUUUGUUGAAGGGAAAUGUUGGUGACUCAAACUCCUCUCUUCAAGCAGCACCUGACAUGACAGCAGAAACCUCGCAGACGUCUGACUCAGAAAAGCCUGAGCACAGAACUACAGACAUGAGUUUACACCCGAACAACUCAGAAAAUAAUUCCAGCCAGACGACAGCAGACCCACAGAGUGUUUACACACAGCAGCUGACUGAAACGGAAAAAAGCCCACCAUGGAACAUCAUGGGUGAUGAAUCUCUGGACAGAAGCAUGACUAUACCCAGUUUCUUUCACAGUGGAUACUGUUUGCCCAAUAACAUUCGCUGGACUGGAGAUGAUGAAUUAAAUAUUAUGCCUCAUGUGGCUUAUGGCGUUCUAGGACAAACAAAACCCCACAUAAUCGAGGUUAAAGAGAGGUGGGAAUGGCUUGGGCUGGAUGUUAGAGGCCCGUUCUCUCCGACAGUAGACAAGCACACGCACAUCAUGACCCUGACUGACUACCAUUCCAAAUGGGUGGAAGCUUUUCCUCUGACUCAGAAACUCAGUCAGGAUGUGGCCCAGUGUCUUGCUGAAGUCAUCCGUCAGCAGGGAUACCCUCUCGGAAUUCUCUCCCGGCUUCCCAGGCGGAUCCUCCUGGAAAUUAACCGUGAGUUAAAGAAACGGCUGAGAUUGAAUGCAAACGCCUUGGUGAUCCACCACCGUCAAACUGGUUACAUGGACUUGGUCACUGAAUCACUUCUUAAUGAGAUGCUGGAUGAGCUAGUGAAGAAACACAGCAGCAUCUGGCACAUCCACCUCCCUGCUGCCACUCUGCGCCUCUGCUGCACGAAUCACCCCACUACCAAAGAGAAACCCUUCACCCGCAUGUAUGCCAGUGACCCGCCAUUCUCGUCAUCACCCAGAGAACUGCCUUACAGUGCUACUGAUAUUCGCUUGAGUUCUUUUGUUAUCCCAACCACUGAAGCCAAUAAUCUAGGAGCUGUGUCAGAAACUUCGGUGCACGACUUGAGGGAUCAGAUUUUUUCCAAGUAAAGGAAGUAAAAGUUUUGUCAUGUUUAAAUGACCUCAUGUUUUUUCAUGUACAUAGACUGUAAGUGGAGAAGCAAGUUUGCACUGUUGCCUUGUAUAAAUAUUAUAAAGAAAUAAAACUAUUUUUUUAAAAAAUAAAUAAAUAAAAAAAAAACAGAAAAAGGAGCAAUAUAUUGUCUUUCCUGUCUUUUGUUUGUCCCUUUUAUAUUAUACUAUUAGGUACAGAUCUCAAAUUUGAUUGGCUUUUCAAGUUUUACUGUUCGCAUCACUUUGCUUGUCUGUUUUUGAGCAUUAACGACAGACUGAAUUUUAGUCGUGGGACUUUUACAGAACAACAGAUGAGUUAUACAAUAACCACUUUAUAUGGUUUAUUUACUCUAUGCUAAUUAGAUAGAUCAAAGCCUUAAAAGAAUAGUUCACCUAAAUAAAUUUGUUGUCAUGCAUUUAUUCUCUAGAACACAAAAGAAGAUAUUUUGAAGAAUGCUGGAAACCAAACAGUUUUGACUUCCACUGUAUGAAAAAAAACAAAAAAAAACAAGAAAAAACAUUUUAUCAAAAUAUCUUCUUUUAUGUUCCACAAAAGAAAAAGUUGUACAGACUUGAAACGACAUGAGGGUGAGUAAAUAAUGACAGAGUUUUCAUUUUCAGAUUAACUAUCCCUUAGAAUAGCGCUUAAACUUGUUGUGAAUAAAUCAUUUUGUGCGCCAGUGACAAUCCAGCACUUCAGGUGGCGCUAUAGAGCAGUUUCGACCCUAUAAGUGAACAAAGAAGAAGAGCUGCAAGCCACAUACACGAGUUUCUUAUCAGUUAGUGGAGAUGGACUGUGCUUAGUAUCUCGACCAGCUAACUGCUUGCAAAAAAGCACCCAUUUUUCUUAAAUGCGUGCAGCUGACUUCUUAACAAAAGUAACGUAUGAAAAAUCGGUAAAAUGAGAAAAGUAAUAAUAGGAAUUGGACGACAAAUGGAGGAAAAACCACUCUGAGUAAAAGCCUUCAGGAGCUUCUGUGUAAUAGCUGUGUUAUUUCUCAAGACAGCUUUUUCAAGGAUGAUUCAGUGGUCCCUACUGAUAUCAAUGGCUUUAAGCAAUAUGACAUCCUCUGCAGGUUUGGACGCCCUUCAUAUGGACAGGAUGAUGGGAGACAUUGGCUCUUGGCAGGAGGAUCCUGAGCGCUUCAUGACAUCUCGUGGUUGUGCAGUGAAAUCCACAGUACCAGAGCUACCUAAUGUGUUUGUUCUUAUAGUGGAGGGAUUCCUCAUUUUUAAUCAUAGGUAAUGUUUUUUUUUUGUUUGUUUUUUUAUAUAGUUUUAUUUAGAUUUUAGUUCAACAGACUACCUUUUAUGUAAAGGCAAAGUCAUAAUGGAUGAAGUUUUUUUUACAGUCUGGAAAGCAAGAUCAGACACAACUCUAUCGAUCUCAGAGGAAGAAAUUCACUCAAGAGAUUUGAAGAGAUCAAGAGAUUUUUUAUUACUAGAGUUUAAGUAUCCAUGACAAACUAGUGACAUGAUACUUCACCCAAAAAUUACAAAUCUGUCAUCAAUUACUUACCCAUGUUGUUCCACUUCAAAAAGUUCAAUACCAUAUGAAUUGAGGAGUCAGUCUUCUAUGAAGAGAAACAAUCACUUUAUAUGAUGAAGAGAUUUAUUUUAGGCUUGUAUUCACACAUAAACCCUGAUCAACCACAGGAAUAAAGCGCAUCAAAUAUGACAAAUGGAAGCUGAACCAUAAUUGCUUGGCACGCAUUUUAAAUUACAUUUAUUUAUAAUAAAUAUGUACAUUUAAUUAUACUUUAUACUGUACUUUACACGGUCAUUUGAUAUAAUUACAUACAAUUACACUGAUCAUCCACAACAUUAAAACCACCUGCCGAAUAUCAAACUCGAACUGAUGUGUCGAGGCAUAGGCUCCACAAGACCUCUGAAGGUGUGCUGUGCUAUCUGCCACCAAGACAUCAGCAGCAGAUCCUUUAAGUCCUGCAAGUUGUGAAGUGGGACCUCCAUGGAUCAGAUCUGUUGGUCCAACACAUCCCAUAGAUGCUUAGUCAGACUGAGAUUUGGAGAAUUUGGAGGCGACUGACCUGUAAAUGUUUAUCUUUGGGAGCUUUAUUUAGGAGUGGCUAAAAUGCAGCUUUAUGCACAAAUGCCAGUCUGCAUGUAGAGGCUCUUGAGACUCCAGCAGCUUCAAACACCUGUUUGUUGCUCAACAGUGACUUUUUUUUAUAGUUGCCCUUUUAACACAAUUAAUGAAACUUAACCUUAAUGAGCCUUUAUCUGACCAUUAUCUUUUCUUCUGUGCUCUAAAUCACUCACAAAUCUUUUGACAGUUUGUAUUUUAUUUGGUUUAACAUUACUUUUGCGAGUAUGACUGUUGCGAUUUGUCAGCUUGUGAAUUAGCAGAACUUGCACGCAGCCACUGCAAACUCUUUCUAGGGAUUUGAUUUUGGUUGUCGUGUGUUAAAAUAAAUAUUUAAAAAAAACA